GAUGAUUAACAGUGGAGUGUGCAGUUUUCGCACGUGCCUCCAUUUCCCGGAGAGACCACUAUUCCGAGAAGCUCCGCUCUCACUCGGUUGCCGGCGGCGGUUUCUCGUCACUGCCUCCGAAACGAAGAAGAAAGAGAAGGUGGUAGUGAUUUCUGGACCCACCGGUUCCGGCAAGAGCCGCCUCGCCUUGGAACUCGCGAAGCGCCUCAACGGCGAAAUCGUUAGUGCGGACUCUGUUCAGGUAUAUCGGGGUCUUGAUGUUGGAUCUGCAAAACCUUCCCCAAAUGAAAGAAAGGAGGUACCGCAUCAUCUGGUUGACAUACUGCACCCAUCUGAAGACUACUCCGUUGGACAGUUUUUUGAGGACGCAAGGCAAGCUACAAGAUGUAUUCUUGACAAUGGCCGUGUUCCCAUAGUCGUUGGGGGCACUGGGUUGUAUUUAAGAUGGUUAAUAUAUGGAAAGCCAGAUGUGCCUAUAGCCUCUCCAGAGAUCACAUCUGAAGUAGACCUAGAGUUAGCUGACCUACAGAGAAAUGAAGACUGGGAUACAGCUGUGCAAUUGGUGGUAAAAUCUGGUGAUCCAAAGGCCCAACUUUUACCGCUGAAUGAUUGGUACCGGUUACGGCGUAGCCUAGAGAUUAUUAAGUCUAGUGGAUCACCUCCUUCUGCUUUUCGGGUACCAUAUGAUUCUUUCAGGAAACAGGGUGAUUGUAGUGUUGCUGAUGGUUCUGAGUCAUCUGAUGUGAGCAUAAAUGCAAUGGAAGAAACCAAUUCGUCAGAGUUAGACUAUGAAUUUAUGUGUUUUUUCCUUUCUAGCCAAAGACUUGACCUCUAUAGAUCAAUUGAUUAUCGGUGUGAAGAUAUGCUAUUAGGAAGGGAUGGGAUUUUGUCUGAGGCUCAAUGGCUUCUUGAUACAGGUCUUCAUCCAAACUCCAAUUCUGCAACACGAGCAAUUGGAUACAGACAAGUAUUCCCUAAUAUUCUAUUUCAGGCCAUGGAGUACUUACUAAGAUGCAGACAACAAGGGGGCCAGAGUUCAGUUGGGGAAUUUUACAAAUUCUUGUCUGAAUUUCAGAGAGCAUCACGGAAUUUUGCGAAAAGACAAUUGACAUGGUUUCGCAACGAACGUAUAUACCACUGGCUUGAUGCUUCUAAACCUCUGGAAACCGUUCUCAACUUCAUUCUUAAUGCAUACCAUGAUUGGAAUGGAAGUCUUCUUGUGCCUGAACACCUAAGAAUGUUGAAAGAUAUUAAUGGCCGAGAAACUACUAAACUUAAGUCUUAUCGCACCCAAAAUAGACAUUUAGUGAACAGGGAAGAUUGUUCUGAUAUUCUGGACUGGAUAAGGAAGACUCAAAGUUGAAGCAAUGAAGAUUUUCUUUUUGCAUUCCCUUGAACUGGCCUCAAAUUUGUAAUUACAAAGGAGCAUGCAUAACUAAGUUUUCGGGUUUUCGAGAAAGUUUUUUGUUGCACUUGCUUGAUUACAUCCUUUUGUCAGCUAUGAUAUAUUUUAUCUUAUUGAUAGAAUACUGUAAUAGCACCUGAACUUGUUAGCUAAUUUGUUUCCUCCCUUUCACUUGCAAUCCCCGAAU